GCCAGCUCACUCCGCUUCUGGUACAUUUACACACAGACUCCUGAGCUUCAGUUUGGUGGAAAGCGUUAAGAUGAGCGACACAGAAGAUGACGUAGAGAUCUCCUUCCCAGUAAAGUUUCUUGGUCGCGUGGAGGUCGUCCGCCCUGAUGGAUUACAGAUCCUGGAAGAAGCAGCUCAGAACCUGAAGACUUCAGAUCAACACUCCUCUGAAAAGGCAGCAAAGAAGAGCAAAGUCCAUCUCUUUCUGACCCUGAGUGGGAUAGACAUUUUGGAAAACAAAACCAAGUUCCUCUUGUACUCGUGCGACCUCUCCACCAUCUCCUUCUGUGCUGUCCUUCAGUCUUCACCCAAAGUAUUUGGCUUUGUGGCCAGGCACCCUGCAGCAGACACGUACCACUGUUAUCUCUUCCAGAGCACGAAGUUUGCUCACGUGCUGGUCUCUGUUAUUGGGGAUGCCUUUCGGGUUUCCAAGAAGGAGGAGACAGCCAGAGGAGGACGAGACAUGAUAGUUGAGGCACUCCGACAUAAGAAUAAAAUGCUGCAAAGAGAGAAUGAUGAGUUGAAGAGGAGGCUUGCAGAGCUUGAUCACUUGUGAUUGUAUACAAUACUGUUGUUGUA